UGAGUUUCAGUUUCCCAGCUCUGAAAAUGAGUUCUGACCCACAAAUCGCCAUUGAUAUUUGAUAUCACUCCCUUCUCCCUCCCCUGCAUCUGCAUGCAUUUGGAUGAAGGGUGCACAUUCCUAACAUCACCUUUCUCCCUCUUCCAUCCUUUUCCUUCUCUCUCUCUCUCUCUCUCUCUCAACAAUUCUCGAAAAAAAAAACCAAUUUGGCAUAACCCAUUGGAACCCAGAUGGUGAUCAUGAACCAGAUUCCAUGGCAAACCAUUGCAGUGGUAAUCUCCUGGUACAGCUCCAACAUCGGAGUCCUUCUCAUGAACAAGUUCUUGCUCAGCAACUACGGUUUCAAGUACCCUGUUUUCCUCACCACAUGUCACAUGAUGGUGUGCUCUGUUUUCAGCUACGUUGGAAUCUCAGUCAUGGACAUAGUCCCUUUGCAGAAUAUUCAGUCCAAGGAACAGUUCGCCAAAAUCUGUGCCCUCAGUGUCGUUUUCUGUUUCUCCGUCGUUUGUGGGAACAUGUCGUUGAAGUAUAUACCUGUGUCGUUUAACCAGGCUAUUGGUGCCACCACACCAUUCUUCACUGCCGUUUUUGCUUAUGCCGUUAGCAGAAAGAGGGAAGCUUGGGUUACUUAUGGUACCCUUUUGCCUGUUGUUGCUGGUGUUGUCAUAGCUAGUGGGGGAGAACCAAGUUUUCAACUGUUUGGAUUCUUAAUCUGUGUUUCAUCCACUGCUGCAAGAGCAUUUAAAUCAGUGCUUCAAGAUAUCUUGCUCUCCUCAGAGGGGGAGAAGUUGAAUUCUAUGAACCUGCUGCUUUACAUGACACCUAUAGCAAUGUUGGUCUUACUUCCAGCAACAUUGUUGAUGGAAGAAAACGUGAUUUGGAUCACAAUAGAGCUUGCAAGAAAGGAUAUUAGAAUUCUCUGGUAUCUGCUGUUCAGUUCUUCUCUUGCAUACUUUGUGAACCUCACUAAUUUUUUGGUGACCAAAUAUACAAGUGCGCUUACCCUUCAGGUGUUAGGAAAUGCAAAGGGGGCAAUUGCUGUGGUGGUGUCAAUUCUGAUAUUCAAGAAUCCAAUUUCCAUGAUAGGAAUGCUUGGCUAUGGGCUCACUGUCAUUGGCGUUGUACUGUACAGUGAAAGCAAGAAGAGGUAUAGUAGAAACUAGCAGUAAAAUCAACCAGAUCUCUGAUCAAAUCAGGGUCUGUAAUUUAUCUAGAGCGAGUAGAGCAACAAGAUGUAUAUAAUGAGUUUGGAGAAACCGAAGUAUUUCACUUGGAAAAGGACUUCUUUUGGCACAUGCACACUCCUCAUAAAUAUUUUAGUGCGUUUUUAAAUCA